CCAUAUUUGUCAAUUUUUUUUGGAUUCCGCCCUGUUAUUUAUUUAUUUACUAGAUAAUACUCAAAAAAAAAGAAAUUUAAAUCGUAAAUUAAAGAAUUAGUCUAAUGAUGAAUAAAGUAUUACCGCGUGUUUUCUUUAAUUAGAAGUGAUCAUUACAAAUUUCUAUCUAUUGGUCGCUCACAGGCUGCAAAAAACUCGAUAAUGGCUCGGCAAAUGAGUCAAACAGAGCGAAAACUCGCUGAGAAAUUAAUAAUUCUAAAUGAUAGGGGCACAGGGAUGCUGACUAGGAUAUAUAACAUCAAAAAGGCUUGUGGAGAUGCAAAAUCAAAGCCUGGAUUCCUGUCAGAUAAAAACUUGGAAUCUUCCAUCAAGAGUAUUGUGAGAAGAUUUCCAAAUCUAGAUUCCAAAAGUUUAACCCCUAUACAAGGACUUCGAAAUGAAAUUAUCAAAUCCUUGUCUCUUUAUUACUAUACCUUUGUAGAUUUACUUGAUUUUAAAGACCAUGUAUGUGAGCUUUUGACAACUAUGGAUGCUUACCAGGUAGAAUUGGAUAUAUCAGUGAAUUUUGAGCUUACAAAAAGUUAUUUAGACCUAGUAACAACUUAUGUGUCCCUCAUGGUUUUACUGUCUAGAGUAGAAGAUAGAAAAGCUGUGUUGGGAUUAUUUAAUGCUGCUUAUGAAAUUGUUCAUGGUUCUGCAGAUACCAGCUUUCCUCGUCUUGGCUCCAUGAUAAUUGAUUAUGAUGUACCACUGAAAAAACUAUCUGAAGAAUUCGUCCCUCACUCAAGAUUAUUAAGUCAAGCUUUAUACUCAUUACUUCCAGUAUAUGUACCAAGAAAUGUCUCAGCUGAUCAGUGGAGAUCUGAGCAAAAAUUAAGCUUAGUUGGUAAUCCCUCAGUGUUUUUGAAGCCAGUAUUUACAGAAAGAAUAAGUUGUGAAUUUUUAUCUAUGGACACAAUGGAGCGAUGGAUAGUAUUUGGGAUCAUGUUAAUACAUCAAUCACUAUUGGAUUCAAGGCAAGACCAUUUUCAUAAGCUUUUGAUAAAUGCAUUAGAAAGCUUUUGGGUGCUUCCUUUGUUUAGAGAUGAAGUGCUACAUAUUCAUCAAUAUAUAUGGUCAUUUUUGGAUACUUUAAAGGGAUAUGGGAAAAGAAUUUCUGAUAUAAAAGACGCCUUUCAACAAGCCAUUCAAAAAGCAGGUUACAAUCAUAGAGAAAGAAGAAAAUUUCUCAGAACAGCAUUAAAAGAAUUAGGAUUGAUAUUUACAGACCAGCCAGGAUUGCUUGGACCUAAAGCCCUGAUGAUCUUUAUGGGACUAUGCUAUGCAAGGGAUGAAGUACUCUGGUUACUCAGACAUAAUGAUAAUCCACCACAAACAAAUAAAAGCAAAGGAAAAUCAACUGAAGACCUAGUUGAUCGUCACCUGCCAGAACUUCUCUUUCACAUGGAGGAUCUUCGAGUACUUGUAAGAAAAUAUAGUCAAGUAAUGCAAAGGUAUUAUGUUCAAUACCUAUCACAUUGGGACGCUAUAGCCCUUAAAGAGCAAAUGCAAAAACUGCCAAGUUGUCCUGAUGAUGAAGCAAUCAUUUUAUCCUCUUUUUGUAAUGCUAUUUCAGGUCUUUCUGUUAAACAAGUAGAAGAAAAUGAAACGUUUAACUUUUUUGCGUUUAGACUUGAUUGGUUUAGGUUACAAGCUUAUACUUCUACACAGCAGUCAAAACUUCGACUAAUGGAGAACAAAUUAUUGGGUCAGUUAAUGGAUAUGACCCAAUUCCAUACAAAGAUGGUCGACAACUUGGACGAAAUGCUACGAGAAACAUCUGAUUUAUCAAUCUUCUGUUUCUAUAGUCGUAUAUUUGAGAACCAGUUUCAUAUGUGCUUAGAAUUUCCUGCUCAGAAUCGGUAUAUUGUGGCAUUCCCAUCCAUAUGCAGUCAUUUUCAGCACUGCACUCAUGAACUUUGUCCUGAAGAACGACACCAUAUUAGAGAACGCAGUUUAUCAGUGGUUAACAUGUUCUUAGAUGAAAUGGCUAAAGAAGCGAAAAACAUUAUUACUGCUAUAUGUGAUGCACAGUGUAAGAUGAGUGACAAACUAUUGCCAAAGAAUUGCGGACAUUUGAUCUCGCAUCAAAUGAACAGGAAGAAAAAGGAAAAAAACAAAAAGAAUACUAUAGAAUUUGAAAAACCGGGCAAAGAAAGCUAUAGGAAAACCCGUGAGAAUCUAACCACAAUGGAUAAACUACAUAUGGCUCUAACUGAGCUUUGUUUCGCGAUUAACUAUUUUUCCAAUAUAAAUGUUUGGGAAUACACGUUUGCGCCACGAGAAUAUCUUCACCAGCAUUUAGAAAACCGGUUUGCGAAAGCGUUAGUAGGUAUGGUGAUGUAUAAUCCAGACACACACGAAAUUGCCAAACCUUCAGAGCUUUUAGUAUGUGUAAGAUCUUACAUGAAUGUUUUGCAAACUGUAGAAAACUACGUGCACAUUGAUAUAACCAGAGUAUUUAAUAACUGUCUACUUCAGCAAACCCAAGCUGUGGAUAGUCACGGGGAGAAGACAAUUGCUUCACUAUACACUCAAUGGUAUUCGGAAGUUUUAUUGAGAAGAGUAAGCGCAGGCAAGAUAAUUUUUUCAAUGAAUCAACGCUCGUUUGUUAGUUUGACGAUUGAGGGAACGGUCCCUUUUAAUCCUGAAGAAUAUUCUGAUGUUAAUGAGUUAAAAGCUUUAGCCGAACUUAUCGGACCAUACGGUAUGAAACAAUUAAGCGAAACUCUAAUGUGGCAUAUUGCUAGUCAGGUUGUAGAGCUGAAAAAAUUAGCAGAAGCUAAUAAAGAUGUUUUGCUACUGUUACGAACCAACUUUGAUAAACCUGACGUGAUGAAGGAGCAAUUUAAAAGACUGACAAACGUAGAAAAUGUUCUUCAACGGAUGACUAUAGUCGGAGUGAUUUUGAGCUUUAGACAUUUAGCACAGUCCUGUUUGACAGAUGUUUUGGAGCAACGCGUUCCGUUUUUGCUUAGCUCCAUUUUAGAUUUCAGACAUCAUUUACCAAGUGGAGAUCCGAUGAAAAUUGUCAGUGAAAUGACGUCUGCUGCCGGUUUAAGUUGCAAAGUUGACCCCACAUUAAUUUCAGCUCUAAAAAUUCAAAAAGCCGAGAACGAAGGAGAAAAUGAGCAUCUAUUAGUAUGCCUUCUUAUGGUUUUCGUAGCUGUUUCUAUACCAAAACUUGCUAGAGCCGAAGAUUCAUUCUAUAGAGCGUCAUUAGAAGGACAUACAAAUAAUAUUCAUUGUAUGGCGCUGGCAGUUAAUCAUAUUUUUGGCGCUUUGUUUACUAUUUGUGGUCGAGAAGAUAUUGAGGAUAGAAUGAAAGAAUUUUUAGCCCUUGCUUCAUCUAGUUUAUUGCGGCUAGGGCAGGAGGCGGAUAAGGAAGCGGUUAAAAACAGAGAAUCAGUUUAUUUGCUCUUAGAUCAAAUCGUACAAGAAUCCCCUUUCUUGACGAUGGACCUAUUAGAGUCUUGUUUUCCCUAUGCACUAAUCCGAAAUGCUUAUCAUGAUGUUUAUAAACAGGAACAAAAUAUGUAAGUUUUAAAUAUAUAAGAUAAUACUGUAUGUGAAAUAAUGCCUAAUUGCAGCCCAUGUAAACAUGUUUACAGCCAGCCAUAAGUCUUGUCAUUGGAAGGUUAUUUUUAUAUAAUUGACUUGCUCUUUUGAAUGAAAAUAUACAUUUAAAUACAGGGUUUAGCCUGUAUUUUCAAGCAGGUUCCAGUAAAGGUUUAAUUAAAUAUUUAUAUUUGGUCUAAACUUAUUACAUUCCGCGAUGCAACCCUUAAUACCAUACCAUAUUUACAAUGGCUACUAUAUUUAAUAAUGAAAAAUAAACUUUCCGUAAAGAAAAUAGGUAAUAGUAGUAAUAAGAAAUAAUUUCAAUAUGGGCUCAAGACUGGUCAGAAAAUACAAAUAAUGUUAAAAUAAUUAAAAUAACGAUACCUUUAUAUACCCCGCAACCCACCACGAAUAAAAAAAAUAAUGUAGGAAAAUGUAAGAAAGGAUCUUAAUUUUGAAUUGUUUUUCAUAACAAUAAAGUAUUAUUUUUGAAUCGCCAAAAAUCAACGUAAUUAGCUACUGUUUCGCUUUAUAAUUGUAUUUAUUGUAUAUUUAGUGUUUGACUACAUACAAAUUAAUAGAUUGCUAUUACUUAUGUAAAGAAGAAAUACUUAGUUAAGAGUAGAAUAUCUUUUUAUAGAAAUUUAUCUAUUUAUAUCUUAGUAGUUACUAAAGUAAAGCAAGCGUAAAAUUUAAUAUUUCUUUUGACUUUAUAUUGCAGAAUAUUUUAAUUUUUGUCACAAUAUUAUUAUUAAUUACCAAAUUUUUCUGCAAAAAAUUAUUGAAAAUAAAUGGAAUUAUACAUAUAUUUUAUUUUAAAAUAAUGUAUCUUCAAUCGGCAGCC